GUGACGUACGCGUUUACCUCUUGUUCUUGUACAUCCGGGUCACAGCUACUUCUCCUUCCGGUGGUAACUAGUGUGAGUGAGUGUUACUUGUUUUUGUUUACGCGUUGUGUUUACUAAACCGCUAUAAAGGCUGGACGAACGGGACCAUGAAGUGUGUCGUGUCUGGCUGUCCGAACCGAAUGGUGGCGCCGGACCGGAUCCUAAACCGACCACCGAAGAGGUUUUUCAGCUUCCCCACAGAACCUGCUACAGUCAAGGUUUGGUUGGCGGCGCUGAGGGAGUUGGACAAACAGGAAGAGGCAGAAGAGCACGUGAUCUGUGAGGACCACUUCCUGCCUGAUGACAUCACUGGUAAUGGAGUCAAAGAGGACGCCAUUCCCAUCAUGCCCCCUGACCUGGACGGAGGAUUGGGUCUGAGUGGCAGCUGGGGAGCAGCAGCAGAACAGGAGGAAGAGGAGGAGGAAGAGGAGGAAGAGCAGGAGGAAGAGCAGGAGGAGCAGGAGGAGCAGUUGUUCCUCCUCGGAGUCGGCCGUGAUGAUGGUGGAGACCCGGCUCCUGCUGUGACAGAUCCUCCACAGCAGGUCAGACACAGGUUGAUGUUGAAGCUAACGCUUAGCAACAACAGCAACAAUGAGUUGUUUUGUCGUCACCAGGCUCCAGGUCCUGGAUCAGAACCAGAGGCUCCAGCAGCUGGAAGCAGCAGUUCUCCUGAGGCCCAGACGACCGGGUCCCCCCCCACAUCCACCACCACCGACAUAGCUGUGCUGACCCGACGAUUCCUGGACCUGCUGCUGGCGAAGCCAGACGGUGGCCUGGACCUGUGGAGGGUCGCAGCCCGGCUGCAGGCGGGGUGGCGGCCGAUCUGUGACAUCAUCAACGUCCUGGACGCUGUGCACGUGAUCCAGAGGGAGUCUGUCGGCAGGAUCAGGUGGAUAGCCAACGCUCCGGUCUCCAGCUUCCUGCGUCUGAAGCAGGUGGAGGACGGUCUGGACGCUCUGAUCAGGAGCUGUGCUCAGCAGCUCUUUGACAUGACCGAUGAUGUCACCAACGCCAAGUUGGCCUACGUGACCCUGGACGACCUCCGACGCCUCAGGGUUCUCCAGGAGCAGACGGUGAUGGUGGUGAAGGCUCCAGAAGAAACCAAACUGGAGAUCCCUGCGCCGACGGAGGACAGGGUCCAGAUCCACCUGAAGGCCGAGAAGGCUCCCAUCCUGGUUCUGACCUGUGAGGUAGAGUCCGAAGACGCCACAACCUCUGAGCCCACACAGACAGGAAGUAGAUUCUUCUCAACGCUGGAGCAGAGUCGGAUCAGGACCACACCUCUGGACAAAGAUUUCAUGUUGUUGCAUAGCCUUGAUGUCAGCAGAGCAUCGCACAGCCACUGACUGACCACCGGGAGGUGCUAGGUUUGCGGCUGAACAGAAGUGGGACGACAUCAUGAGCAGGAAGUGACAUCAGUGGACCUGUGGACUCCUGGAGUGUCGCUGUCAGCUGAAAUCACUCAUUCUCUCUGUGAGGUUUGGUGUUGAAGACGGACAGUCAACAAACUGACGUAGCUAACGUAGCUGACGUAGCUGACAUUGCGGUGGGCAGCCAUGUUUCUUUUUCUGCUAUCAGGAAGAGAAGAGUGGAUUCUUCAGUCCAUGACCCAGGACCAACUGUCUCUUCUCCAAAGUUGAAGCCCCUGAGGAUGAAGAGGUCCGGGGGUGGAGGUGUGGGGGGGGGGCUUCAAUAACAACAAGAACAACAGCCAGACCACUACUCCAACUACCGACCCUAUGGUCUCCACACCGGUCAGUGCUGGGACGGCAGCGGUUCUCAGGGCAGGUUCAACAGCCGUCCGGGGCGACACCUUCUCGUCACCACCUACUAAUGUCUUCGGGCCCCGUGAUGCGCGGAUAUGGGGCGGGUGUAUGGACUACAACCAACCGACCGUAGGCUCCUCAGCACGGGCCCGGCUCAGGAGCCUGACGCUCCGGUCGGCUGGAAUGGACAGCAAAUACAUCAUCAACGGGCCACCACACCGGGGGACAGGUCUCAGCUGGGUCUACUUUUCUGCAGCCCACAGGUUCAUCUGCCUCCGCCGCCAUGAUGCUGUCCGUCUUCGAUCACGGUCCGGACAGAAACAAGUUCUUUGAGUUUCCUCACAAUAAACUAUACUUUUCUUUG